GUGCCAUACUUCAUUCUAUAGGAAACGCUUUUCCAAGGAGAAAUGAAGAAGAAAACUGUGUGUACCCUACACAUGGGAGAUGGAGAGUAUGAAGACGCAGAAGGUGAAGGAAGCAGAGAUAAUACUGCUGCCGCUGGUCUAUUGUACAGUGAAGCAGACAGAUGUCCAAUAUGUCUUAAUCCCCUAUUAGAGAAGGAAGUUGGUUUUCCAGAAUGUUGUAAUCAUGUCUUCUGUAUGACCUGUAUUCUUAAGUGGGCAGAGACACUGGCUUCAUGUCCUAUUGACCGAAAACCUUUUCAGGCAGUGUUUAAAUUCAGUGCUUUGGAAGGUUGUAUUAAGGUUCAAGUGAAAAGACAACUGAGAGAAGCAAAAGACAAGAAAAAGGAAAGCUCUUUUAAAAAGCAGCUAUCUUGUUGUGAAACACCUGAAGGCUCUAUAAGAAAAAAGGCCAGCAUCAGAGAAGAUCUGUUAAGUGCGAGAUUUUAUGACUUGACAUUGCUACAUAGAAACUCUUCAUACAAUAAAAUGGGAGGGAAGAAAAAUGCAGCAAUAAAGAUAGAUAAGCCUCGAAGAUCAAAUCAGUGCAUGAGUUACUGCUUCAGAAAUUUUUUCUCCGAUAUAUUUUCUUCCGGUAGCCACAGUGGAGAAUCUUCCUUCACCUAUAGAGCUUACUGUACAGAAUUUAUAGAAGUCAGUGAAAUCGGUGAGUUGAUUGGACAGAAGAGACGGGAGCUGGCACUGUCGUGGUCUCCUGACGCGUCACCUGGCAUGGGAAGAAUUGGUUUUAUACCUUGGAGUGUUGGAGCAGAAGUUCUUCCUCUCAUCUCUUCUGUGCUGCCAAGAACUGUUUUUCCAGCAAGUACCUUAUCUUUAGAAAAUUUUGGUACUUCUUGCAAGGGAUAUGCGUUAGCACAUACCCAAGAAGGAGAAGAAAAGAAGCAGACUUCUGGUACUUCAAAUACCAGGGGAUCAAGACGAAAGCCUGCAGCAACUCCCACAAGGAGAUCUACACGUAACACAAAAGCUGAGACAGUCAGCCAGUCUCAGAGAUCCUCAUCGUCAAAUAAUGCUGGGUGUGGUGCCCCGGGUAACAGUAACCCUUCUGUGAGUGUUCUAUCUCCAGCUGAGUCAGAAAAGCAAACUAAACAGGCUCCAAAACGGAAGUGUGUAAGAAGAGGAAGAAAACCACCCGUAUUGAAAAAGAAACUUCGGCGAUCUGUACCUCCUCCUGAAAAAUCACCUAGUGAUUCAGUAGAGGAAGAAAUAGUGGACUCUGACGUACCACCUGUGUUAGAAAAAGAGCAAGGAUCAGAUGUAGAAGAAAGUAGUCACAUUUGUUCUGUUCAGACGGAUACAGAAAACCGUUCUGCUAAUUGCUUGAAAAGUUGCAGUGAACAAAUGGAAGAAAAUGAGGAAUGCAGGGAAAAUCAUGAUGUAGAGCAAAAAGUAGAACCCUCACCUUCCGAGUCUUCCACAGAUGCUGCUGUACUAGCUGGAGAGGGGCAGGAAAAUAGCAGACUUGAGGCGGUCGCUGCGCAGGCUAGCACACUGAGUUUAGAACAUGAAGUUUCUAAAGACACUGCUGGAAAAGGAGGUGAUGCGUUAGAAAGUCAAGACCAGACACCAGCGUUUUCAGAGUCAGAGACAGAGGCAGUUACAUGUUCAAAUCCUCCAAGUGAUUUUCUUACGUGCUCGGGAUCCGAAGCGGAAGCACAGCCUCCUGCACCCAGUCCCCUAGGUGAGACACCUGAGAAUGCAGAAUCCGAGCUUGGUGAGCAGAAAGUGGUAGCGAGCCCCGCGGUGGGAAUGACUGGUGAUCCAGAUGCUGCAGUACAAACAGAAGCGCUUACGGAGAGCCCCGAGUUAGAAUCUGCCGAGGGGGAAGUGAUGCUGACAGUGGACAGGACAACUGUUGAGACCUCAGAGAUUCAGCCGCUCGGACAUACUAAAGCUGAAGCUGCAGAGGCAGCGGCAGCAUGUGAAGCUGCAGAAAAGGAAAAUCUUAAUACAGCUCAAGACUCUGAAAAUAAUUUAUUAAAAAACUUCAACUCCAAAUUGGAUACGUCUUUAGAGGAAAACACUGAGUCGCUAGUUGAACCUCCCAGAUCUCUAGAGUUGCCUAACACGCACAUUGGACAGACUGAGAAGCAUUUUAGUGAGGACAACAAUGAAAUGAUACCUAUGGAGUGCGACUCGCUUUGUAGUGACCAAAAUGAAUCCGAAAUUGAAUCAUCUGUAAGUGCUGAUUCUAAGCAGUUGAUUGAAAAUUCUGUGGUACAUAGUUCUGAAAAUAACGUGCCAUCUUCCAGCCCUGUAAAUGAAAAGGUUGAAACUGUGUCUCAGACAUCUGAAAAUCCAGCAGAUACAGUAGACAAGUCCAAAAAACCGCGUACUCGAAGGUCUAGAUUUCAUUCUCCGUCUACAACUUGGUCUCCCAACAAAGACACCGUGCAGGAAAAGAAGCGCUCCCAGUCUCCGUCUCCCAAAAGAGAAACUGGAAAAGAAAGCCAGAAGUCUCGAUCCCCAUCUCCUAAGAAAGAAUCUGCUAGAGGACGGAGGAAAUCUCGUUCUCAGUCCCCCAAAAAAGAUACGACGAGAGAAAGGAAGUAUUCCCAGUCUCGAUCUCCAAAAAGAGACAGUACUAAAGAAAGCAAAAGAUCCAAAUCACCAUCGCCAAGAGACACGUGUAGAGAGAACCGAAGAUCUCAGUCCAAGCUGAAAGACACAUCGUCCAGAGAAAGAUCUAGGUCCCAGAGCAGAGAGAGAGGAAGCGAGAGAGAGGGGCAGAGGAGAGACCGAGACGGGGACCGGAGAGCCAGAAGGCGGUCCCGCUCCAGGUCCCGCUCCAGGUCACCGUCGAGGUCGCGAACAAAGAGUAAGAGUUCGUCGUUCGGUAGAAAUGAAAGAGACAGUUACUCUCCGCGGUGGAAGGAAAGGUGGACAAGUGAUGGCUGGAGAUGUCCACGAGGAAACGAUCGGUACAGAAGGACUGACCCAGAGAAACAGAAUGAGAAUGUAAGAAAAGAGAAAAAUGACAUCAUUCCAGAUGCUAACGAUCCAGGUUCUGCCGACAAACAUAGAAAUGACUGUCCCAGUUGGGUAACAGAGAAAAUAAAUUCCGGUCCCGAUCCAAGGACCAGAAACCCUGAAAAGUUAAAAGAUCUCCACUGGGAAGAAAACAGAAAUGAAGAUUCAGGGAAUUCUUGGAGCAAAAACUUGGGCUCGGGGUGGAUGUCUCACCGCGGCAGAGGGAGCCGUGGCAGGGGCGCCCACCGGGGCGGUCUUGCCUGUGCAGAUCAGAGUGAAAAUAGGUGGCAGCACCGAAAGCCCCCCUCAGGGAAUCCAGACGGUUCAGGGAGUGAUGCUCUCAAGUUUGCGGAACAGCAGCCCUAUAAACAGAAAAGCGAGCAAGAGUUCUCAUUUGAUACCCCGGCAGACCGGUCGGGGUGGACGUCUGCGUCCAGCUGGGCCGUGAGGAGGACGCUGCCUGCGGACGUGCAGAACUACUACUCGCGGCGGGGGAGGAGCUCUUCAGGCCAGCAGUCUGGGUGGAUGAGACAAGAAGAGCCCGCGGAACCGGAUUCUAACCUAAAAGACCAAACAAACCAACAGAUUGAUGGUUCCCAGCUACCUGUAAAUAUGAUGCCACCGCAGGUGAACAUGAUUCCACAACACAUGAACGCCCAGCACCAGCCGAUGAACAUCUUCCCGUACCCAGUGGGUGUUCACGCCCCUCUGAUGAACACCCAGCGCCAUCCCUACAGCCUUCCCCCACAGCUGCCCCUGCACCUGCCCCCAGGAGUGCCCCUCGUGCAAGUAGCUGCCCCGCCCACUGUGACUCAGGGACUGCCCCCGCCCCCGCCCCCGCCCCCGCCCUCCCAGCAGGUCAGCUACGCGGCCUCACAGCCCGACGGAAAGCUCGUGCCGGGUAUUCCUAAUGCUCCCCACGUGAGUAAUAACACGAGUACAUCAGUCUCGCCCGCUCCGACAGCAGCGCCAGGAAACCCGGGAACGGUUCAGGGACCAAGUUCUGGUAACACUUCGUCAUCCAGUCACAGCAGAGCCUCUAAUGCUGCUGUAAAAUUGGCAGAAAGCAAAGUAAGUGUCACGGUGGAAGCCAGCGCAGAUAGCUCGAAGACAGACAAGAAAUUACAAAUUCAAGAAAAAGCAGCACAGGAGGUAAAACUGGCGAUUAAGCCAUUUUACCAAAACAAAGACAUCACCAAGGAAGAGUACAAGGAGAUCGUACGGAAGGCGGUGGACAAAGUUUGUCAUAGUAAGAGUGGAGAAGUAAAUCCCACUAAAGUGGCGAACCUGGUGAAAGCCUACGUGGACAAGUACAAGCACGCUCGGAAGGGGGGCCAGAAGAAGGCCGCGGAGGAGCCCGUGCCCGCGGAGCACAGCGUGGGCUGAGGGGCGGGCGCUUGGGGACGCCGCCGAGACGCCGCCAAGUGCAAUUCCAGCGUGUUCCGGGACGAGAAUGCCUGCGUGACUGUGACUGAAAUUGGUUUUGACAAAAUUAUUUUUUUUAAUGUAGGAUAUGAUGUUUUGUUCUAAAUAAAUAUAGUUCUGCACUGCAACUUCUUUAUCCACACCCUCACCUCAAAUAAAUUAAUUCAAGGGCAAGUAAAUGGUUCAAAGGAACAUGCAUUUUUAGGAGGGUGUACCAGUGUGGAUACUGGAAGAUGUACAGCUUUUUGGUUGGACUGUUGGAUUGUAACAAUGGAGUGCAUAAAUUAGAAACUUGUAAGUGCACCGGUUUUGGGAGAGGCAUAUGUAUAAUACAUUUAUUCUGUCAGACUAAGAAAUAAAGUAUGAACUUUAUAACCUUCCCCCUCUAAUUAUAGAAAGUUAAAAUGUAUUACCAUGAAAAUGUUUCUAAUAAAUAGAACCUACCCAGUGGCAGGGCUCCUCAUGUGUAUUUUUAAAGCACAUAUCUGCUUAGAUAGAAAACAAAUUAUCACAUGAGUAAAAUUUAGUGUUCAAAACUUUGAGAACUCUUUACUUAUGUAUCACCAAAUAAAAGUUAUGCUGCUGUUUU